ACAUUGUUUGAAUGGGAACUCAAAGCGGUCAAACACGGCUUCAUCAACGGCUGGCAGAACAUUCUGGAAACUCGGUGUUCGCGGCUAUAUAGACCACUCCUCCUCGAUCUUCUCUCUCUCACUCAAACCCUAUUUCCUUCUCGCAGUCUCAAUUCUUAACUCUUUCUCUUACUCGUCGGCGGAUUCAGAAGAGAAGGAAGAAUGGCCGGGAAAGGCGAAGGGCCGGCGAUCGGAAUCGAUCUGGGAACCACUUACUCCUGCGUUGGUGUUUGGCAACACGAUCGCGUUGAGAUCAUAGCAAACGACCAAGGCAACAGAACAACCCCUUCCUAUGUUGCGUUUACCGAUACGGAGCGGCUGAUCGGCGAUGCAGCUAAGAACCAGGUCGCUAUGAACCCUAUCAACACCGUCUUCGAUGCUAAGCGCUUGAUUGGUAGGAGAUUUAGUGAUGCCUCAGUUCAGAGUGACAUAAAAUUGUGGCCUUUCAAACUCAUUCCUGGUGCUGGGGACAAGCCAAUGAUUGUGGUCAGCUAUAAGGGUGAGGACAAGCAGUUCGCUGCUGAAGAGAUCUCAUCUAUGGUUCUCAUUAAGAUGCGUGAGAUUGCAGAGGCCUACCUUGGUUCAAAUGUGAAGAAUGCUGUUGUCACUGUUCCUGCAUACUUUAAUGACUCCCAGCGCCAGGCUACCAAGGAUGCUGGUGUCAUUGCAGGUCUCAAUGUUAUGCGGAUUAUUAACGAGCCAACUGCUGCUGCUAUUGCCUAUGGUCUUGACAAGAAGGCAACCAGUGUUGGCGAGAAGAAUGUGCUCAUCUUUGAUCUUGGGGGCGGCACUUUUGAUGUCUCCCUCCUCACUAUUGAAGAGGGUAUAUUUGAAGUGAAAGCAACAGCUGGAGAUACUCACCUUGGUGGGGAGGAUUUUGACAACAGGAUGGUGAAUCAUUUUGUUCAGGAGUUUAAGAGGAAGCAUAAGAAGGACAUUACGAAUAACCCUAGAGCCUUGAGGAGACUGAGGACAUCAUGUGAGAGGGCAAAGAGGACUCUCUCUUCCACUGCUCAAACCACUAUUGAGAUUGAUUCUUUGUUUGAGGGUGUUGAUUUCUACUCCACCAUUACCCGAGCCAGAUUUGAGGAGCUGAACAUGGAUCUCUUCAGAAAGUGCAUGGAACCUGUGGAGAAAUGCUUGAGAGAUGCUAAAAUGGACAAGAGCACUGUCCAUGAUGUUGUCCUUGUUGGUGGAUCUACAAGAAUUCCAAAGGUUCAGCAGCUGUUGCAGGACUUUUUUAAUGGGAAGGAGCUCUGCAAGAGCAUCAAUCCUGAUGAAGCCGUUGCAUAUGGUGCUGCUGUGCAAGCUGCCAUUUUGAGUGGUGAAGGCAAUGAGAAGGUCCAGGACCUCCUAUUGUUGGAUGUCACUCCUCUCUCUCUUGGGCUGGAGACUGCUGGAGGAGUCAUGACCGUGUUGAUUCAGAGAAACACCACCAUCCCAACCAAGAAGGAACAGGUUUUCUCUACUUACUCAGAUAACCAACCUGGUGUGUUGAUUCAGGUAUAUGAAGGUGAGAGAACCAGAACCAGAGACAACAACUUAUUGGGUAAAUUUGAGCUUUCCGGUAUUCCCCCAGCUCCCAGGGGUGUUCCUCAGAUCACUGUUUGCUUCGACAUUGAUGCAAAUGGUAUCUUGAAUGUCUCUGCGGAGGACAAAACUACAGGACAGAAGAACAAGAUCACAAUCACCAAUGACAAGGGCAGGCUGUCAAAAGAGGAAAUCGAGAAGAUGGUUCAGGAAGCAGAGAAGUACAAAUCUGAGGAUGAGGAACAUAAGAAGAAGGUCGAGGCUAAGAAUGCACUCGAGAACUAUGCAUAUAACAUGAGGAAUACGGUGAAGGAUGAAAAGAUUGGGGCUAAGCUGAACCCAGCGGACAAGAAAAAGAUUGAUGAUGCUAUCGAGCAAGCAAUUCAGUGGCUGGACAGCAACCAGCUUGCCGAAGCAGAUGAGUUUGAAGAUAAGAUGAAGGAGCUUGAGAGCAUUUGCAACCCCAUCAUUGCGAAGAUGUACCAAGGUGCAGGUGCCGAGGCAGGUGCCUCCAUGGAUGAAGACGCUCCUUCUGGAGGAAGUGGUGCUGGCCCCAAGAUUGAGGAAGUUGACUAGAUAGAUAUUGAUUGGUUUUUCUCCAUGAAUUUCGUAUUUAUUACUUUUAAAAAUUCACAUUGAUGGGUCUCUUCAGGAGCCACAUUGGAAUUUUUUUUCAUGGCCUUGAAUGCAGGGCCUUGGUUUUGAAUUAUUGUGGUUGGGUUUAUAUUUUAGGUUUGUUCUCAUUCAGUUGCAAUACUAUUUUUAAUGACAUAUGAGCAAAGUUGAAAUAAUACUUUGGUUUUUGCUCAA